AUGCGGUCGGUGAUAAGUCGGCUGCAGUCAUUGAGGAUCAAUCCCACACGACAAUUAUCAUGGACUCGGAACUUUUCAAGUUCCUUGAAACGACAGGAAAUUAGAGACGUUAAUAUCCUUCCAGAGCGAUUAAUCCCCAGCUAUCAUGAGUCGAACGAGAACGAUCUCCUUUCUCUUCAGUGGCCCGCGGCUCCCAGAAACAUUUUUGUCGUGAAGAAAGACUGCGCACCAGAGGUCACCCACUCGUUAAUUGAAUUCAUCAGUCACACAGCGUCUACAUAUCCAUCCCUUGGUAUCAUCUUAGAACCGAAGGUUGCGGAGGAAGUACACUUGUCGUUGCCGUUCCCCGUUUAUUCUGCCCCCUUGGACAAACUGCCCUGUGCAUUACAUAGGAAAGUGGAUCUCAGCGUUACACUAGGCGGCGAUGGAACGAUUCUGCAUGCUUCCUCCUUAUUCGCCACGUGCGUCAAUGUUCCGCCGAUGCUGUCGUUUAGCAUGGGUACGCUGGGAUUCCUUGGCGAGUGGAAGUUCAGUGAAUAUAAGCGUGCAUUUCGCGAAAUGUACAUGUCCGGUGCAGGGGUGGGAGACCGCGCCUCUGUCCUUGGGGUUCCUCACUCCUUGGGUGCCGAAGAACAAUCAGAAGUGAUUACGGGAUGGUCGUCGGUUCGCGGCAAAUCUAUGGGUUUUAAUCGAGGAGCCAGGAUUCUGAUGCGAAACCGCCUCAAAGUGGCGUUGUUUACUGCUGAUGGAAACCCCGUUGUAGCAGAUAAGUGUUCAGAGCCUGCCCAAGGUAUAGGAAGUGAGGGACUGUAUGUGAUGAAUGAAAUACUCAUCCACCGCGGAAAGGAGCCGCACCUUGCCAUUGUGGACGUAUAUGUGGGAGGAAGGUUUCUCACAGAAGCUGUGGCAGACGGCAUCAUCAUUUCCACGCCCACUGGAAGUACAGCAUACAGUCUUAGUAGCGGAGGCAGUAUCGUUCAUCCUCUUGUGCCAGCAGUACUUAUAACACCAAUCUGUGCUCGAAGCCUUAGCUUCAGGCCCUUAGUUCUGCCGGCUAGCACGCCAAUUACGCUUCGUCUGAGCGAGAAGAACCGAGGACGGGAACUGGAAAUCAGUAUCGAUGGUGUCAACAUGACUCAAGGGAUGACAGCGGGAAUGGAAGCUCGGGUGUGGAAUGAAGAGAUGCGGCACGGCAAAAAUGAAUGGCAGGGCGGGGCGCCGUGCGUGAUGCGGAGAGUUAUGGGCAGCGAGGCUCAUGAUGGCGAAGCCCAUGAUGGUUGGGUAGGAGGACUGAACUCAUUGCUCAAAUUUAACUAUCCGUUCGGGGAGUAG